AUGGACGACUUCUAUGGGGACGGUUGCAGGCUGGCUGCCAGGGAAAAUUACGCAAAGAAUCGAGGUGAGCCUCAGUUGUGGUUCAAGCACAAGGCCGACUUUCGAGAAGGCCAGCAGGCACCACGAAUAAGACCCGAGGCCAGAGACAUUGUUGAGAAAAACUCAAUGCGCGUGUCGACUGCCUGUCUGGCGGGCUUUGCUGAUCGCAAUGGAGACUCGAAUCAAGUGCAGGGAGAGACGGCCUCUAUGCCACGUCAACGACUACGCACUGCUGAGGCGGGCAUAAUAGCCAAUAGACUGAAAAAUCCUCAGGAAGAAUGGUUCGACUUCGAGGGCAACCAAACGCUACAAGUAAAAUCCAAACCUCCGCGCGUGGGAGCUAGCGAAGCUGCAGCGGUAAGUCUAAGACGACGCGGACUGAUUUAUGACUACGAAGCACAUAGAUCGGGUCCUAUUAUGUGAGUUAAUUAAAUUAGUGCACAACUACGAACCUGCUUGGGUGCGCCGCCCUGUAUUUUGCCUGAGAUCGGCUUUAGGAAUAAGUUACUUCAAACUCGCGUGAGGGUGACAUUCACCGAUUCUCCUGUUUGCAGGUCAGAAGACGGCCGUUUGCUUUUGCCCUUAAUUUUCAUACUACCUUCCAAGGGAGGUCAGGUAGUUUGGCGGUCCGCUACCAAGUGUAUUUGAGUAUUACCUGUCGCAGCGGAGGGAACUUGAAUAGCCGGCUUUACUGGCAUAACAAAAAAAUAACUGGUCAAGUGGGCGCGGGUUCAAACCGCGAGUCUUGCUAACUCCUCGUUUUGUUACGGGGGAGGGGGGCUGAUGACGGCAAACCAACCGGAAGUGGUCAUUCCAAUAUUCCUCGUCUUCGUCGGUAAUGAUCACGGUGCGCUCGUAUAAUCGGAACUACUAAGCGAAGUGCGAAAUACGCAAAGGAACGGGAGUGCAUAAUAGUGAGUUACUCGCAUGGGAAAAUCCCUUAUUGCAUGAAGUUGGCGUACACCGACAUAUCUGAAUUGCGGACCUAGAGUGAGCACUUUUGUCUUGCCUUGCAGAUUUAGCCCUUAGCCGACGCGGGCGGUCGCAUGGUGGCAAGCAGUCAGUAAUUAACGAGUUCGACCGACAAAUACAGAAAUGCUGGAUUUGCCAUCUUUGGUUUUUUUUUAUCGUCAUUAGCUCACUCAAGUACACAUCUAAUGCUAAUUAUGUCGCCUGCCCUCUUGUAACAGACACUAUUUUCACCAUCUCAGGCAUACAUAGGUUCUUAAAUAUUUAACGUGCAAACUCCAGUGUUGUAUCACAUGCGGCUAUUUAUGGUGUCUUGUUUCGCAUUAAAGGAAUUCAUGCGACAGCAGAACAGGAGUUCGGACUGGUUUACAACUAUCGGCAAGCCAGUCAGCAGUCGCGACGCCCCACGUAUGCGCUUAAAGUCGAGUGCGACGGCUGAUCUUCGCGCCUCCUCCUCCGACUGGUUCACUCAUCACGCUCAGGCUGUCGGUGGAGACGGGGAGGGCAAAAUUAAUUCUCCCAACGGCGCCCUUAGAAAGAACACGCGUCGUGUUCGCGAAGAGGGAUUUGAAUACGCUGAACGGAGCCGCGUAAGUCACGACUACAGUUGAUCAAACUUUUGUCUGCCCAGCUGUGUCCACAGUUGUCGCGUGGCCUUUCUUGCAGGCUGGAAAACCCGUUUUUAGCUUGGGAAAAUAAAGAUAAGGAACGGUCAUUCAAGCCGCGGAUGUCGAAAACAUUUUAAAACCUACAAAGGGAAAGAAGACUUCUAGGGCUCCACUUUAUGCCGCGUAGGCGAACAAAAAACAUAUGGCUCAUGCGUCCUAUUUAAACAAUGCCGGCAAAUUCAAAAAACUGUCCCUUCCCUCCGUGUUUUUUAAAUAGUCAGCAUCUGGCAUGAUACUGACUUCAGCUUGGAUGAUACCCUGUCGUUCCUGUCCGACCAUGACCAACUCCUAUUAUCACCAUUGGCGGAGUCGAUCGAUGCGAUUGUAGGCAUACAAAUGCAUUUCAAAGGGCAAAUAUAAAGAUUGGGAUGGUUAUUCCACGUUUAUCAUGCACUAUCUUAAGUACUACUUUUUGCGUGUACUUAAACAUGACAUUUACUAUUUACUCACUAUUUGUACUAUCACUAACAGCUAUGAAGGGUGACAGUUAGUCAAACUCGCACUCGCUCACUUUUGUCGAAAAUAGUCCAAGUCGCGAUGUGUGGAGUGUGCUUUGCACGCUGAAGAAUACACUUUCAGUCGAAACGCUAAUCCCCAAUGUCUACUUGGGAGAGAUCAUUGGGAAUGAUAAUCGACUAAUCACAAAUAAGACAGCAUUCUUAGCUUAAGAAAGCGAUGUAAAAGUGUCUAAAGUUAAUUUCACAAAUUGAACUUUUUGCCAUUCCCAGAUACUACCAACAUCAAAUAAUGUGUUAAAAAAUACUCUGCGUUAGUACCUUGCUAGAGGGAAAAUCGUGCGAUCUCAGAAACCCAUAGACUUAAGUAGACAAUUGCGGCAAGGCUUAUUCUCCGACAGUUAUCAUCGUCAAAGAAGAUAGAACAAAGGACAACCUGUAGGAGAUAUACUCAGAGAAAAGAGUGCACACUGGCAUUGCCCUUUGAGACAUGACCCAAAACGAAUAAUUGCGAAAUCUUACAGGCAAGCGUAACUUUCUAGUGGGUCAUGUAUCUUUUAUGACUUUCUUCCACUGGAUCGUGCAAACCCUUACAACUUUUACUAUCGUCAAAUUUAAUGGCAUAUAUGAACCCUGCUGUCCUUUUGAGAGGACGAACAAUGGUUGCUAGUACCUCAACAGGUUCCCUGGGCAACCGGCCAUUUUAAGACAGACUGCAACAAUAAGCCAUUUUACCUGUUAUGGUAGCAACUGGUCAUGAAAUUUGUUUUGCUUUUGGCACAAGAAAUGACGAUAUCAGAUGACUCAGCUGUGGUAAGCAAGACGUGCUAACUGAACACCACUGAACUCGUGAGUUCCUCUAAUUUCGCACAGGUGGGGAGGCAGCAUCUUCUGUCUGGACGGGUUUGCAUAGAAAUAAAAGUGGACUGAACAAGACCUUAAACGAAAUUUUAACUCAUACAUUGAGCUCCCGAUGGGAUGGGACCUCCAGUUCUGCUUGCGGUGGUAGUUCUUAUUUUGUAUACUCUUCGGUGCAAAGUUAUUUGAGAGAUGUAGAAUUCGCUAUAUUGUCGGCAGUUCUUUACGUAAGUUAUCAAGAAUAUUUUUGUGCAUUGCAAACACUCAUCGUUGGUUGCCUAAAUAAAAGGAAGCAUUUAGGUAAUGUAUCGUGGGUCCCUUGUAUGAAAGCGUAAGUUACAAUAAGUGAAAGAGCUGCACGUUUAAUAUCUGUGGUCCUGGUAGAUCCUCGGUUGGAUUUAGUCCGAUCGGAUCUUAUAUCGUAGCCGCACCCGCAGUAGACAAUCCCCAGCCGCCUGUCAUAGGAGGCCGGUGGUAAUAGGGGGUUCAACACAAACUAACUCUAACCCCUAACAAUAACCCCUAGCCCCAACCCCUAAGCUUAACCCCUAACCGUAACCCCUAACUCUAGCCCUAAUCCAUAACCCAUAACCUCAACCCCUAACCCUAACCCCUAACAGGUGCGGCUACGAAAUAAGAUCUUACCUUUGGUGCAAUGCUGUCAGUCGGUCGAAACAUCACACGAAUUUUCCAAUGUCAUAUAUAAAAAGCGUAAAAAGUUGUUUUCCAAGUAACGAAUAGCAAAAGGAAACAUUAUGAACUUGUGGGUAAAUAAACGAGAAUCACAAAACUAAUUAUUUGCUUGGAAGAUGAAAGUGCCGUCUACCCAUAUUUAAUGUCUUCUAAGGAGAGUGUGGCGGUCAAGGAUGUGAGAUCAACUUAAACCACGCACAAUAAGUUCGUUUCGUCCAAUGACAGAAGUCAGGGAGCUGUGAGGACUAGUUUAUUCUGCACACAGGGCAGGUUGCCGUAAGUUGGCUGUUUGCUUGCAACAGAGAUAAGCGUCCGUUCACGGAGAACGUCAGUCGCGGUGUGUGUGUUGUUUAUGCGGGAGUGCGCCUGGGUCAGCAGGAGGGGCGACUGGCUGAGUGGUGGUCGUGUGAUUGGACAAGUUAGGGGAGGAAUAAGGGCUGCAUGCACAAAAUGCCUCAGGGGUAUCAGGCCAGGGCGUUAGACGCGCGUGGGGUGAUGAAAGUAUGUGAGGUCAGCCGACAGUCACUGAAGUUGGACCGGGGGUGUCUGAGUGUUAGCCGGCGGGGGUGGCUGUGUGUCAACAGCUGUCGCGGCCAUUGUUCAACAAAACGGAGCCGGAGAAAAGGGGGACUGGAGCAGCUGCUACAAGAGAAACUGUUGGGUGGGAAGUAUAAUUGUCAACUCUGAAGAAUGUGGCGACUGCAGACUACCAUCUUAAAAACGAUGCAGCAAAAUCCGAAGAAGAAAGGACAGUACCGUGGAAGGCAAGAUGAUAAGGAACAGAAUUCCAGAGUUAGCGGUUUUUGAUUUCAAGUACGCGCAGAGAUAAUCUGAGUGCGCACAAAUUCUUGUCAAGCUACUUAGUUUCCGUCGCAAAGCAACCAAGAGAAUUGCGGUCAAAGGUAUAAGAAUCUGUAGAGCCGUCAUAAACGAAUGUAAGGAAAAAGUAACCAACUUUCAUGCGAUUGAUUUGUUUUCUCUGCUUAGGUAGGGAGUACUGCAUCGGCACAAUCGAAGUAUUGGAAAAUAAACGCUACUCAAAAGAUAAGAGAGUAUCAACACUUUAUGACUAUGAGGUUUGCCUGAGUCUUAAUCCUAACCAUUUACAGGGACAAGAGAAUCUCCUAAAGACAGUGGAGAUGCCCGGCGAACCACGAACAGGCCUCUACAGAUGUCCCACUCGGGAGUCUCGUCGUAACUGCUGUCGUCUGAGGGGCAGCUUGUCAAUGGCGGCCUGUCUUCAGAACAGUGCCGUUGCAGCUAAUCGAAUCUCUCUCCAGGACGCUGCCGUUGAUGAUUAUAAUCAUGACUAUGCUCCCACUGACGCUGACGGGAAUACGACGAAAAUGGUCCCAAAGGUUCACGGAGAGGAGGCGAUGGAAUGGCGCAGUCGCGGUAUUGGGGGAAGUUUGGGACACAGAAUUUUCGCUGGAACAGGUCAGAGUAAGUUCCUCUGA